AUGGCGUGUUCUGACUAUCACUUGAUUUGGAAUUCGAUGUUUGUUUAUGAAGUGGAAUUUUCGUCUGUUAUACGAGGUCAUCAUGUUUACAAAGCGGCGUGGUCUCCAGUCAUAGGAGAGUCUCUGGCAUGCAGGAAUGAUGACCGUAAAGAAGCUAAAGAACACGAUGAAUACGCAGUUGGGACUUACCUUGAAGCUGAUAACAAACUUGUGGGAUUGCAGAAUUCCCACGUGCGUAAAGUGCUUGUGACGCCUGAGAAACACACCCGUGUUAUCAAGAAAAAACCCAUAUAUUUGCAUUAUAACUACAUGAGGGAGAUUCCCUACGGAUUUUUUAAAGAGUUGAAGGAUAUAUUACGAGUGAGUUUGGACACAAAUCUGAUGUGUUGUCAUAUGCACAAGGAGGACGCUGAAUGUGCUUUCAUUGAUAACGACGACUUUGCCAACUGUGAGAGCAUGUUUAAGAAUUCUGCCCCGAGAAAGAGUAUCUGGGCGAUAGGAAUCUUUUCUCUGGUUGGUGCAGUGUUUGUUAUCACGUGGCGAGUAAUCUUUAAAGAAAAGAACGUGGUACAGUCUAUCAUGUUGCUCCACUUAGCAGUGUCCGAUGGUUUGAUGGGUAUUUACCUGGUCUCUAUUGGCACUAAAGAUCUGUUGUGGAGAGGAGAGUAUUACUUGCAUGACUUCCAGUGGAGGUCUGGUUUGUCUUGUCAAAUAAUUGGAGCGAUCUCCCUCUUGUCAAGUGAGGUGUCGGUUAUGAUGAUGACUCUGAUAUCUGCUGAUCGGCUUAAAAAUAUUGUGUUUCCUUAUCAGGGUGCUUCUCUGAAACCAAAGGCAACACAUAUCCUAUGCAUCAUCAUAUGGGCAAUUGGCUUCCUUAUGGCCUUUUUGCCCAUGUUUGGUAUUCAGUAUUUUGAAGACCCUUUCAGGUACCAUAGUUAUUAUGGUAGAAGUGUGGUAUGUCUGCCCUUGCAGCUUACUUCUGAUAAGCCGGCAGGUUGGGAGUAUUCUGUCGCUAUCUUUCUCGCUUUGAAUUUUGCUUUUUUCUUGUUCAUCAUGGGUGCUUAUCUCAUGAUACUAGUCAAGUCUUACUUGUCUAGCCGGCGACUGGCCCGUCAGGGUACUGAAAGAGAGAUCCAGGCCAGAAGAGCAAACUUUAGGAGGGAAACGGCUCUUGCAAGGCGGGUGUUUUUCAUCAUCCUGAGUGAUUGUGUGUGCUGGAUGCCGGUGAUAGUGAUUGGUAUGAGGACCAUCAUCGAGAAGUCUUACAAAGCGCAAGGAGACUUCGCUGUCUGGAUUGCUGUGUUUGUCCUUCCGAUCAACUCGGCCUUGAAUCCUAUCCUGUACACCUUUUCAACAGAACAGGUCAGAGGCAUUCUGAAGAACAAAAUGGAAAAAGUUUGGAACUACUUGAAGACCGUUUUCACCUGCUGUGGUCGUGAUCAGGAAGGAGAUGGGGAGCAACCGAACCAACAGGGAAUAGAAGACAACGAACAACAAGGCGGCGAGGGAGGCCAAGGAGAGGGAGAGCAAGUGAACCAGCACGGAAUGGAAGACAAUCAAGAACAUGGCGGCGAUGGAGGAGAAAUUGAGGGUGAAGAAAUUGAACUGGCAAGUGUUGGUGUGAAUCAUCCACAACAAGGCCAAGGAGAUGGAGAACAACUGAACCAACAGGGCAUGGAAGACAUUGAACAACAUGGCGGCUUGGGAGGGGAAGUCGAGGGUGUAGUUAUCGAAGUGGCAAAUGUUGAUGUGCGUCAUUCACAACAGGGAGGACUUGAUGAAGCCGAAAGAAUCGAACCGGCACCUAUUGGGUAUGCUGAUCCAAAUCAAGGAAAACGGAACCAGAGUUUGAAAAAAGGAGACGAUAAAUUCAGGCAUUCCACCGAAAAGAAGUAA